AUGCAGCCUGAAUCUUCAAUUCAAUCACAUCAAAAUGGUUUAAUCAAACCAAAAGAGAAAUGUGUAAAUAGUAGCAAUAUUAGUAACAACAAUAAUAAUAAUAAUAACAAUAAUAAUCAUAAUGGCUUGGUGACUAGUAAAAGGUCUCCAGCAAAAGUCAACCUACCCACUCAUAAACCGGUUCUACUGAAUGAAAAAUUUGAUCGUAUUAAUCAAUCAGGACAAAGUGAUGAGAUAGUCAGAGAUCUUCUAUCUCCAGGUGAUUUAGUCAAAGAUAGAUGGCGUGUUGUCUGUAAACUCGGUGGAGGUGGUUUCGGUGAGAUAUAUGAAGCAGUUGACACCAAACUAAAACGUGUACAACAUUCCACCUCAUCGUCAUCAUCUUCCUCCUCUUGUUCAUCAGGAUCAACACCAUCCAAUUGUUGUGCUGAGCUACAACAACAACAACAACCGAAUGUGAAACGUUAUUCCACUGAAUAUUCCUUAUGCUUAAAUUGUGCAACAAAUAGUACGCUGAAUGCGGCGGUUAAUUCCCCGAUCCUGACUGGUCAAACAGAUUCUACACUGAUGAAAUUUAAACAGCAGGAUGUUGGAUCAGAUAGUGGUAUUGGUGGUGUACAGGCAUUUUCAUCAGAUACACAAAUACUUCAACACGGUACGCGUAUUAACUCCGCCGGGACAACAACCUCAGCUUCAAUGUCUUCACGUCGAUUUAUGUUGACAUGUAAUGAGAAUAACAAUAUGCAGAAAAAUACUCCAGACGAUGGUGUCAUUCGUUUACAGUUGUCAAAUGGUAUACAGAAGAUAACAUCACAAGAUUUCAGUGUCAGCAAUGUCUCUACACCAAGAGAAUCAAGUCAAACGGGAAAUUAUGACAGUAAGAAACGAAUAUGCAUGAGUUGUAAGUGUGAAUUAUCCCAAGGAGUUAAUGAUAAAUCGAAUGGUGUAUCGAGUGAUUCUGGGAUAUGCAGUGUCAACGAUGCCUAUGAUUAUCGUGUAGCUAUUAAAGCGGAAUCAAAUCGUCAAGCUAGACAAGUACUGAGAAUGGAAGUAGCUGUGUUAAGACGUUUACAAGGCAAGCCAAAUAUAUGCCGGUUAUUUGGUUGUGGAAAAAAUGCAAAAUUCAAUUAUAUGGUUAUGACAUUACAGGGUAAAAAUCUUUCUGAAAUCCGUCGAACUCUACCAGGUGCAGUUUUUUCCCUUGGGACAGCUUUUCGUCUAAUUAAACAAUGUAUAACCGCCUUACAAACCCUACACGAUGCUGGCUUUUUACAUCGUGAUGUAAAACCUUCUAACUUUGCAAUUCAACGUGGUAAACCAAAGGAUAAUGCUUCACAAAGAAUACAAGUCACCCUGUUAGAUUUUGGUUUAGCUAGACCCUAUACUAUCAAUGGUCCUGGAAGUGAAGUACGUAAUGCUCGUCAAAUUGCUGGAUUUCGUGGUACAGUACGUUAUGCAUCGAUUAAUGCUCAUUCACAUCAAGAUUUAGCUAGACGAGAUGAUUUAUGGUCUUUAGUUUAUAUGUUUAUUGAAUUUAUUUGUGGACAAUUACCAUGGCGACGAAUAAGAGAUAAAGAGCUAGUUGGACAAAUGAAAAUGGCAUUAAAUCAUAAAGAAUUAGCUAUAAAAUCCGGCCUGCCUGUAAAUAUUGUCACUACAUGGAUAACACAUGUAGAACAAUUAGAGUAUAAAAGUAUGCCCAACUAUAGCUUGCUUAUUAGCUGCCUAGAUGAAUGGUUAUCACAGCAUAAAAUACAAGAAUCAGAUUUAUACGAUUGGGAAAUUUCAGAUCACAAUCUGAUAAAUAAUCACUUGAAGAGUGAUCAACAUUAUGAGCAACAACACCAGCAACAACACCAACAGUUAAAGCCCGGUACUAUCACCUUAUACAAACCUGAACAUAAACCAAUUCUAACAGAACACUUAAGUUAUAAAGAGAUUAGAACACAAGCAGUUGAUAAUCCAAUGAAUCGUGAUGAAGAUGGUAAAGCGGUGGAAAUGAAGAGUAGACAGGUUGACAAUGAUAACAACGAUGAUGAAGAAGAAGAUGAGGAUGAACAUGUAAAUAAAAUGAAUGAAACACUGAAACCAAACACUCUAUUACAAAUAGUCCGCGAUAAUCACAAGGUCAAGUUGAAACAAUCUUCAGUGAAUUUAAACAACAGAUAUUCAAAUAGUCAGUGUAAUUUAAAAAUCAUUACUGGAGAUAAUAAUAAUAGUCAUAAUAAAGGUCAAUAUGAUAAUAAAUUGUUAAAACAAAGAAACCUUUUGAAAGACUAUGGAAGUCUGGGAGCUGAUUUAAUUAGUCAUGAUGGAGAUAUGGAGAAUGCUAUAAUUGUUGAAGGAGAAUAUUCACAGAAUAAGCCAAAUAAAUUAUUAUCCAUUAUUCAUAAUAGUGCAGACUGUAUUCUAGGCGAUGAUGACGGUGACGAAAUGGAGGAAGACAUCAAAGACGACGUCGUUCUGGAAGCUAGUGUGAGUAGAAACAAUGUUGAAAAAUAUGACAAUAAACUGAAUCACUUAACAAUUGUUGAUGUCCAACAGAAUGCGAAGAACGAGGAGGCUGGGAAGGUUAAUCCACAGCCACCUUGUAUAUCAACAUUAUCAAACCACAAUGCUGAAGGCUCUGUUCCAAGGAAAGAGGCAACUCCGGUGAAAGAUAAUCUGAAAAUAAUCGAUGCCAAACCAAUACGAAACAAUUGUACAGAACGCGCGUUGACAUCAAAUACCAAAGCUACUGGAUUUCUAAAAAAUUCAACUGUCAACGUGACAGAAGCUAGUCAAAGCCAUCAGGAUGUCGAUGGAACAACAUCAUGUUCUAUGCCACAGACUAGUAAUUGCUCGACAACGACAACAGCAACAACAACAACAACAAAUGCUCGAGCGAAUAUACACGCUAUUAUACAGAAUCUACUAGCACGUCAUCAAAAUGAUGACAAUGAAAUAACCCCUAAAACAGAUGACAGAAUUGUACACAGAUAUUCUGACUGUACUCGACCGGUUACAUCACCUUCAUCUGAGAAACCAGAAUGGAAUCCUAAUGAGUUGAACCGAGUUGAUCGACGAUCCGGUAGACUUGACGACAAUAAUAAUAAUAUCACCUCUUCAUAUCUAGAUUUAAGAGUUAAUAGUAUGCUUGAUAAAUCAAUCAGUCGAUCAAAUAAAUCCUCACUACUUGAUCACUCUUCACCAUUUUUUAUACGUUUCUCAUCGGGAUAUAAUAAUAAUAUUAAUAAUAAUCCCAGUGAUAGUGAACAAUACCACCGAUUUUUAACCGUCCCUAGAAAAGAUCAUAUCAGUUUAAGUACACUAAGACUUAGUCGUACAAGACAAUCUGUAGUGAACUCGGAGACACCAAGUCCAACUCCUGAAUUCGAUCAUCAUCAUCACCAUCAUCAUCGUAAUCGUACAUCAAAUGAAAAUAUUGAAAAUUCAUGUCAAACACAAAGUAGUAUAAACUGUCAAUCAGAGAGAAGUCAUCCUGUUCCCCGAAAGAAACGUACACUCUAUCUGAAUAAAUCACGUACAGAACAAUCCCUACAAAGUAAUCAUGAAAAUAUUCUAACAAUUAAUAAAUCACCUUAUCAAAAUUGUCUUCUAUUUGAAUCAAAUACUGAAAAUUAUCGACAAAAAUUGAUUGAUAAUAAACAAAAACAUUGUCAACAAAAGAGUAUGACUACAACUCGACUGGCUGGGCCUACAAUACGGUCUGUUUUAGAGACUGGUAAAAGUAUACAUCACCCACAGCAUCAGCAUCAGCAACACACACAACAUCAACAGUAUGCAUGGAAUUCUUCUGUUACCGGAACAUGUAUUCCUACAACAACAACAACUAAUAAUAAUAAUAAUAUCAGUAAUUGUAGCAGUAAUAGUUAUAGCCACCUAAAAGAGAAUGAAAACCGAAUCAAACGGACAAGUUUAUCAGAGAAGAGGUUAAAUGAAAAAUUGGUAAAUGGCAGUUAUGAUGCAGCAAAUUAUCAGCAGGUCUUAAAAAAGGCCUACAAUAUUAAUAAUAACAGUUCAACGAUGAAUCAAAAUUCAAGAAAUCAGCGCCAACUGAAACCGUCCACCGAAGUCUCCUUUGAACCAGAAAUAAGCAAAACGUCAUUACAACAAAGUAGUAAGUUGAAACGACCGACUAGUAAAGAUUCCGGACUGAUUACUAACAGAUCAACUAGCCAACCACUUCAAUUUAGUCAAAAACCGCCAGCAUGCCAUUUUUCAAAUGAGAAAUCAGAUAACAGCGGAUUUCAAGAUAUCAAUAAAAGACAGACUAAGCAUGACUACCUACCGUUGAAAACAACAAACUCAACCCUACUCAUCACAUCAUCAAUAUCAUCAACAAAUUUAACAGAGAAUCUAUGCAUUAAACCAAAUAAUAUUUGUUCCAGAUCAAUUCAUUGUCAAAAUACCUUGGAUACAUCACGUCGUCGAUUGAAUUCUGUGCAUAUAUUAACUUCUGAGUUAGAUCAUAAACCUGAACGAAAUCCACCUGUCACACUGACCGCAUCUGGUAGUAGUAGUAGUGCUAAGCCAUCGACUGUUUCUAAAAUGAAUCUACGUACAUUAAGAUCACAGUCAGCGGAUAGAGUAUUAAAACCGAGAACCACAUGUAUAAAUACACCAUAUCAAACAAGUUAUCAACUGUUUCAACCAUAUCUCACUAGCACGCCAACAUCUCGCACAAAAUCAAAGCGUAUCACAGAUAUUCUACAAUAUUCUUCUAUGCAUGAUUCUGAUAAAACCUAUAAACCUAUCACUCCUCCUUUUAGAUAG